AUGGUAACUUUAUACUCAAACAAGGAGUCUUCUGACGUGGCUAAGGCCGUUGGUGACUACAUCAUCAAGAUUCAAGACGAAUCCAUACAGAAGGCUGGAGUUUUCAAGGUUGCGGUAUCUGGCGGAUCGUUGGGAAAGGUGUUGAAAGCAGCCUUGAUCGAUGAUCCAGAACUCUCCAAGAGAGUCAAGUGGGAUAAAUGGGAAGUCUUCUUCAGUGAUGAAAGAAUUGUUCCUUUGGACCACGCUGAGUCAAACUAUGGUCUCUUCGACGAGAAAGUUCUCCUGAGCUUGCCUGCUGGGUCCCCUAAACCAAAAGUGCACACCAUCGAUGCUUCUUUAAUAACUGGUUCUGAUGGUCAAACUGAAGGCUCUGAUAAUGCCAAGGACGAGGCCAUUGCCGAAGAGUACGGCAAGCUCUUUGCCAACGAUGCCCAUCUCGACUUGAUUCUUUUGGGUUGUGGCCCUGACGGACACACAUGCUCAUUGUUCCCGGGGCAUCCUUUGCUCAAAGAAAACAAAGCCCUCGUUGCGUUGAUUAAAGAUUCUCCAAAGCCUCCACCAAGAAGAAUCACCAUCACAUUCCCAGUGUUGUCUCAGGCAGGCAACAUUGCCUUCGUUGCAGAGGGUGAAGGGAAGGCCCCCGCGAUUGAUGAGAUCUUCAACAAGCCAGAGUCUCAGUUGCCUUGUAAAUUCGUGAACGACCUCAACGUUCCUGUGACAUGGUUUGUCAAUGACGCCGCCCUCAAGAACGUGAAUGUGACUCCAUCAAAGUAUUAA